GCGGCUCCGCUCUCUCCUUUCUGCGCAUGCUCCGCUAUUAAUCCCGGUAACCUCCAACAUGGCGGCGAGGGGCCAUGUGCAAGACCCUAACGACAGAAGACUGAGACCCAUUUACGAUUAUCUUGAUAAUGGCAAUAACAAGAUGGCAAUCCAGCAAGCUGACAAGCUGCUCAAGAAGCACAGGGAUCUUCACUGUGCUAAGGUCCUAAAGGCCAUUGGUCUGCAACGCACAGGCAAGCAGGAUGAAGCCUUCACUCUGGCCCAAGAGGUAGCCAACCUGGAGCCCACUGAUGACAACUCCCUCCAGGCACUCACCAUUCUUUACAGAGAGAUGCACCGGCCGGAGCUGGUGACCAAACUCUAUGAAGCAGCAGUUCGGAAGGUUCCUACUAGUGAAGAGUACCACUCUCAUCUCUUCAUGGCUUAUGCACGUGUUGGGGAGUACAAGAAAAUGCAACAGGCUGGAAUGGCCCUUUAUAAGAUUGUUCCCAAAAACCCAUAUUACUUCUGGUCUGUUAUGAGCUUAGUGAUGCAGGCUAUCUCAGCACAAGAUGAGAAGCUCUCUCACACCAUGUUCCUGCCACUUGCUGAGCGCAUGGUGGAGAAGAUGGUCAAAGAGGAAAAGAUUGAGGCUGAAGCGGAAGUACAGCUGUAUUUCAUGAUCUUGGAGCGCCUGGGGAAAUACGUAGAGGCACUAGAAGUGGUACGGGGGCAGCUCGGAGAGAAGCUCACCAGUGAGCUGCAGAGCCGGGAAAACAAGUGCAUGCUGCUUUACCACCAGCUGAAGCACUGGCCUGAAUGCAAUGCCCUGUCUUGCAAGCUGCUCCUCAAAAACCCUGAUGACUGGCAGUUCUACUUAUCGUAUUUCGAUUCUUUAUUCCACCUCAUUGACCAGAGCUGGACACCACCAGAAGAAGGAGACCAUUGUACUGAGGGGGAGGUACACUGUUCCGUGUCCCAGGCCAUCAGUUUUGUAGAGGAGCGGCUAGCAGCAGAGGAGGCAAAGGAGUCACGGCCACUGAGAGGCCCAUACCUGGCCCGUCUAGAGCUCAUUCGACGCCUCCGGCAAAGGAGUUGCUCUGAAGAACAGCAGCUAGUAGGUGAGCCUCUUGAGCUGAUGUUCCAGUACUUUGUAAAGUUUGGAGACAAGCCAUGUUGCAUCACGGAUCUGAAAGUCUUUCUGGAGCUCCUCAUGCCUGACCAGUAUGUACAGUUCAUUAACAGGCUAACGGAGGCAGUGCCUCUUGGGGAAGCAGGUGAGGAUGACGUGGCCCUGCCAGGAGAUACUCGCGCGCUCCAGAGACACCUGUGUGUGGCCCAGCUCGGCCGCUGCCUGGGACUUCAGCAUGCGCUGGACACUGAUGGCAAACUGGCCCUCAUCCGGGAACUCAAGAUCCACUAUCACCACGGUUUACAAUUCGGGAAGAACUGUCUAAAGACAGAGCUGCAGUUCUCGGAUAUGUACUGCCUCAUGGCUGCUCAUGUCUAUGUAGACCUGUGGAUGGAGACUGGUAAUGAGCAGAUGUUGUGGCAAUGUUUAGGACUGCUAGAGGAAGGCUUGUCCCACAGCCCCUCCAACGCCCAGUUCAAGUUGCUCCUCCUGCUACUCUUCUGCCGUCUGGGCGCCUUCGAGCCCGUGGUGGACCUCUACUCUAGCCUGGAUGCCAAACAUGUCCAGCAUGAUACCAUAGGAUACUUACUGACUCGCUAUGCAGAGUCUUUGGGCCAGUUUGCUGCUGCUUCCCAGUCGUGUAACUUCUCUCUCAGGUUUUUUCAUUCAAACCAGAAAGAUACCUCAGAAUAUAUCAUUCAGGCAUACAAGUACGGUGCAUUUGAGAAGAUCCCAGAGUUCAUUGCCUUUAGGAAUCGCCUGAACAACUCGUUGCACUUUGCACAGGUGCGCACUGAGAGGAUGUUGCUGGACCUUUACCUGGAAGCAGACAUAUCAUCUACCUUAGAGGAAAGUGUAAAGUCUAUGUCUCUUUGUCCUGAAGAAGACGACAUCCCAUGGGACAACAUAAGGGACAACCGUGAUCUCACUGUCUUUGUCAGCUGGAACCCAAAAGACCGGCAACUGAAUGAGGAGCAUAGACAGCGCUCUGUAGAAGAGGAGGCUUUGUGGCUGAAGAUCCGCUCUGUAACGCUGAGGCUGGUGGGCUGUCUCUCUGGACUCUGUCACCCGCCGUCUGUGCGUAACUCUGAGAAGACCACAGAGAAUGGCGUGGCAGCAAAACCCUCAACCCUCCAGCCUCUGCUCUCCCAGAUGGAGAGCACUCUUAGCCAGGCAGCACAGUUUACUGAAAGGCAUUCUCAGCACCAGUACCCAAUUUUGGGGCCCCCAUCUACACGACUGGCUCAGGCUCUGGCCAGUGGCAGCUGUCAGUGCCAGCUUUCUGCCCUGCAGCUCCCCAUCCACCUCCAGGAGUUGGAGGCUGCUGGGCUGGAUCAGUCAGCAGAGCUUCAAGCCCAAAUUUCAAACCUUUUCAAAUCGCUAACAGUACAACUUCAAGAUACGCUGAAUAAAUGUAAAGGUGACUUGUUGGAAGUGAAAGACGGUCGAUGUAAGGCCCAGCCUUCCCUAUUAGAAAAUUUAGUCUACUUUGUAGAGACAAUUUGUGUUGUCCUCUGGGUGUCCAAUUACUGUGGCAGCACGCUCCGACCACUUAAGUCUAGCUUACAAAAGAAGAAGAAAAAGAAAAAGGAUGCUACUGCAGUAACACCAGUGGUGCUCUCUGGGUUCCAGGAGUUCACAAGCAGCCUGCAGAGUCUUCUCAGCCAAGCCCUAGAGCACAUUAAGGGCCAGGAGAGCCACCUCACAGCCUUGAAGAUGGAAUCCCUUUCUCUGGAGGGACUGUCCCAGACUGAGGAGGAGGGAGCCUUCACAAAGACUGUAAUGGACAAAGUGCAGAGCAGCUACCUGCGGUCACUGCAGGAGAUUGGGGAUCUGCUGAGGAAAAGAGUCGACACAUUAAAGUCCCUGAAGAUUUGAACGAUCACUCUCAGACCAGCACACCCAAGAACUCGCACAGUCCUCAGUUCAUUACGCCAUCACACAUAUCUCUCUCUCUCUCUCUCUCUCUCUCUCUCUCUCUCUCUCUCUCUCUCUCUCUCUCUCUCUCUCUCU